GUGAAAGUUCAAACGUCAUGUCGCCUGCGAUAUCCUACCUCGACGAGGAGAGUUAUCCGUUCCCUGUGUGGAGUUUCUUGUACGCGAUCGUGCUGGGUGUGGCCUGUGUGGCGUCCGUGGCGGCGACGUGGACGCUGCGCAAGUAUUCUAAGCUCGUGUCGUCUUGCGUGUGCUCGGCCAUGCUGCACUUCUUCAUCUGGAAAUCCAUCUACACGCUGUUCCGGAUCGCUGUGGUCAGCGCCGUCAUCCACCAGUACCUCUGCAAGACGUCCACAUGGUUCAUCCUUGACGAAGAUCACGACGUUGGUGGGUUUCGAUUCAUCGGCCGCGAAGUCGGUACCGGCUCCAGCCCGGGUCUGUGCGAGCCGCCGUACUACGUCAAGAUUUGUCUGUUCAUUGGGGAUGCAUCGCUGAUCUCAGGAGCGUAUUGGAUGCUCAUCCUAGUCGUGGAACUGCUUCGCUUGGUGAAAACCACAGUGGACCGAGGCGCGCACCAGGAAAAGGUGUUUGUGCGCUUCUACAUGUACAUAAACCUCAUGAUGUUGGUGUCGUAUGUAGCCGCCAGCUUUUACGCGUCGCGGUUCCGGUCGUUCCUCGUAACAUCGUCGGUGGCGCAGUCCGUCGUCAUCAUCGCCGUCUCGUCCGCAGUGCUGUAUCUGAAUUGCACGCGGCAAAAGCUCGAGAGCGUCGAGUGUCGGAUCGUGCAAAAGCCGCUGUACAUUCGGCUCAAGCUAAUCUUGCUCAUCUAUGACCUCACGGCGCUGCCCUACUUUGGAGUCGGGUGGACGUUGGCGGUGAUGCCCAUGUCUUUGCAGCAGAGCCUCGACUUUGUGCCCAACUGGAUCCUCAUCACGAGCAACCUGUUCUACUUCAUGUCGCCCAUUGCGUUGGCGUUUCUGCUGGUGGCCAACCAGCAGUGCAUGAUGUCGUGGUGUAUGGUCCCUGAGGACGUGAUCAAGCAGAUUCAGGCCAACGAACCCCCGAAACACUUUCCCGUGUUUGUCAAUACAGACAUUGAGUCGUCCAGCGCCCUCUGGGGAGCUUUAGGUAGUGUCAUGCACGACGCACAAGACAUCCACGACAACCUCCUGCGCUCGCUCUUGGUGCCACACCACGGGUACGAGAUCACAACUGCCGGGGAUUCGUUUCAGCUGGCGUUUCACAACAUUGCCGACGCUGUCGCAUAUUGCUUGGACGUCCAGCAGAAGCUGUUGCAGCAAGAGUGGCCCCGGGCGUUUGUGGACUGCCACAUGCCUGGCAGUGCGACCAUCACAACGCAUCAAUCGUUCUUGAAGCGACCAAAGAUGGUGUUUCACGGCGUAAGGGUGCGGAUGGGGAUCCAUGCAUCCAACCCAUCUGAAGGCGACUUGGUCAACCAAGUGCACCCUGUCACAGGUCGCAUGAUGUACGUGGGGCUGUCGGAAUUGAUUGGUCGGGAAGUGAGCGACAUUGGCUGCGGCGGGCAGAUCAUCGUCACAGCUCCGAUUGUACGGUGGCUACGGGCUAACGUGAUGAACGCCACGCCGUGGGCCAAGGCCCAUCCGAUGGUGUGGCAUGAAUUGGGUGUGUACCACAUUGAAGAUUUGAAAAUCAACCUCGGGAUUGCGCAGGUGGUGCCCAUGUCCCUACAAGAGCGCGUGCGCUUAUUUCCUCUGCCCAAGAACGUACAAAGCUGUCAUUUCCGUGUCCCUGGCAGCAACUACUCGCUGCUCAUAUCGCCGCGAAGUCAAAGCAACCACCGAGCUCACGAAGUUGAGAUGGUCGAUUAUCGAAAUGACUGCGGGUGUUAGUCUUAUUUAAACGAAAAUAAACGACUGGGAUCAUACGUCGCUCA